AUGGAGGGGCAGCAGUGCUUGGUCGGAGGAACAGAGGUUGAUGGGUGGGAGAAGGACGAUUCCCGUUGUGGGGUGGUGGAGGAGACCGCCGCGGGAGGGGGAAGAGACAGGAGAGGGUCAGUGCCCCGCCGGUCAGCAGACGAAGCAGGAGGAGGAGGAGGAGGAGGAGGAGGAGGAGGAGGAGGAGGAGGAGGAGGAGGAGGAGGAGGACGGACGGACAAAAAAAAUCUCCUGCAAUCCUUCUUCGCCCAACUAAUGACCUUUAAGGAUGCAGGAUAUCUUGAAGUGUCUUCUCAACAUGUUCUUAAGAUACUGAGAGCUCUGGAAGAGACGGAAGAGAAGAGGUAUCUUCUCCCAGCCAAUCCUCGCCUGAACUCCAGAAGUGAUGAGGCACAAUUUGCCCAAGAAUUGUCUACAACUGUUGGCCAUAAAUGGAUCGACCCGACUCAAGUCAAAGACUCGAGAGGCAGGCAACCUGUGGACUGUGUUUGCCAGAACGUGACCGGCCCAAUGCACGAUGGAACAAAACCUGGGACAAACCAUGAACAAAAACUGGGGCAGAGCACAAAGUACGGGAUGGGGGACAAAACAGUUCUCCAGGCGGUGCUGCUGCUGCUGCUCACCUGUGUGGCCACCAAUGUACAUUCAGCUCCAUUCAGCGUAGAUGACUUCCUUCAGCAAAAACAGACCGACCUCUCCACGCUGUUCCACUCAACGAAAGGAGACGUGAUUGGACCGCUGUUUAAACAAGAUAUGCCACAUAACUGGGAUUCGUCCGAUGGAGGUUGCUUCUAUCAGUUCCAACACUACGAGGAAGGGGAUAGAAUCGUCACCAACGAGCCUUGCCUCAACUGCACCUGUCACAAUUCAAUGCUAAUGUGUUAUCUCAAGGUGUGCCCAUUCAGCAAGCCCAUUGGGCAAGACUGUACCAUUGAGAAGAGCCCAGACCAAUGCUGCCCAGUUAUUACUUGCCCACAAGUGCCUGUCAAUCUUCAAGUCAUGCAAAUGAUGACGUCAACAACUACGCCGGAACCAAUCAUGUCCACAGCAAUGACAACAUCAACUGAACAUGGUUGCACCAUGGAAGGGCGAUACUAUCCUGACGGAGCUCAGGUACCUGGAAUGCCAGACAAACCUUGUGAACUCUGCUACUGUAUCAGGAACCACACAGCUUGUGUCAUGCAGGAAUGUAUCUUGAAGGUUAAUGGAUGUGAUCCAGUAUUCGAAGAUGGUAUCUGCUGUCCAGUGAGAUACAAAUGCGCUUAUGACGAGAUCGAGGGAUUCACAACCACGACUGAAACAGGAGGCCUUAUUGGAGGCAACGACUCUGCAGUCAUGCCAGCCACCACUACCAUGAUCCCAGGACCCAUUGGUUGCAUGCACAAAGGAGAGUUCUACUCGGACGGAGCGUCCAUUCCAACUGAAGACCCUUGUGAACACUGCUACUGUAUGAAGAGUGACCUCGUUUGCGCCAUACAGGAAUGCAGGUCUCCUUUGGAUGAGAUGUCUGAGAACUGCACCCCAAGGAUCCCUGCUCCAGGACAGUGCUGUCCCGAGGCUUAUGACUGUCGUGACGGUUCAGUGCAUACAUUACCCCCUGUUGUUCCCCUGCCAAGAUUCACUCCCCCGAUCUCUGGCACACGAGAACAGAGACUGGAACCCGAUUCCCCAAUUGCUGAAAGACCCGAAGUGACAACAGUGACGUUAGACUAUUCAACAUUAGCUGGCACAAAUACCACUGAUGCAGAUAAUUUGCUGUCCUUCCCAACAUCGUCAGGGACUGGGGAUGGGCUUAAGGGUCCAACCGAUACCACCAAAGUUGAUGAAACUACUGAUGAAACUGUAAUGGAGGAUAUAACGACCAAACCACUAGGAACUGGAACUGAAACUGCAACAAGCACACCUUCUGAUGGUACUGAACAAACAUAUAAAACAACUAAAACUACAGCUGUAACGGGAUUGUCAACUGAUGAUGGUGAGAGACUAACAACUACCCCUGCUUAUGAAGACAUAGACCAUUAUUCUUCUACAAAGGCACCAGCAGGGACCACUGGUGGACAGACAUUUACUGAGCCAUCAGGCAGUCCAGAUGAAACUGAUAUCCAGCCAGACAGUGAGGAUGGGAUUAUGGGUCCAACUGAUACCACCAAAGUUGAUGAAACUACUGAUGAAACUGUAACGGAAGAUAUAACGACUAAACCACUUGGAACUGAAACUGAAACUGCAAGCAAGCACACCUUCUCUGUAACGGGAUUGUCAACUGAUGAUGGUGAGACUCUAACAACUACUCCAGCUUAUGAAGAUACAGACCAUUAUUCUUCUACAAAGGCGCCAGCAGGGACCACUGGUGGACAGACAGUUACUGUGCCAUCAGGAGCUCCAGAUGAAACUGAUAUUGAGUCAGACAGUGAAGAUGAACUUAAGGGUCCAACCGAUACCACCAAAUUUGAUGAAACUACUGAUGUAUCUGUAACGGAGGAUAUAACGACUAAACCACUUGGAACUGAAACUGAAACUGCAACAAGCACACCUUCUGAUGGUAGUGAACAAACAUAUAAAACACCUAAAACUACAGCUGUAACAGGAUUGUCAACUGAUGAUGGUGAGAGACUAACAACUACUCCAGCUUAUGAAGACACCGACCAUUAUUCUUCUACAAAGGCACCAGCAGGGACCACUGGUGGACAGACAGUUACUGAGCCAUCAGGCAGUCUAGAUGAAACUGAUAUCCCGCCAACUCUAACAACUACUCCAGCUUAUGAAGACACCGACCAUUAUUCUUCUACAAAGGCACCAGCAGGGACCACUGGUGGACAGACAGUUACUGAGCCAUCAGGCAGUCCAGAUGAAACUGAUAUCCAGUCAGACAGUGAGGAUGGGAUUAAGGAUCCAACUGAUACCACUGAAUUUGAUGAAGCAACCGAUAUAACGACUAAACCACUCGGAACUGAAACUGAAACUGCUACAAGCACACCCUCUGAUAGUACUGAACAAACAUAUAAAACAACUAAAACUACAGCUGUAACGGGAUUGUCAACUGAUGAUGGUGAGACUCUAACAACUACUCCAGUUUAUGAAGACACCGACCAUUAUUCUUCUACAAAGGCACCAGCUGGGACCACUGGUGGACAGACAGUUACUGAGCCAUCAAGCAGUCCAGACGAAACUGAUAUCCAGUCAGACAGUGAGGAUGGGAUUAAGGAUCCAACUGAUACCACUGAAUUUGAUGGAGCAACCGAUAUAACGACUAAACCACUCGGAACUGAAACUGAAACUGCUACAAGCACACCCUCUGAUAGUACUGAACAAACAUAUAAAACAACUAAAACUACAGCUGUAACGGGAUUGUCAACUGAUGAUGGUGAGACUCUAACAACUACUCCAGCUUAUGAAGACACAGACCAUUAUUCUUCUACAAAGGCACCAGCAGGGACCACUGGUGGACAAACAGUUUCUGUGCCAUCAAGCAGUCCAGAUGAAACUGAUAUCCAAGAUGAUGGCGAUGGAGAACUUUUCCCCACUGAUACUCAAACUUCGAAGAAACCAACACACAUUGGAACAAUAACACCAAGUCCUUCAUAUGAAACCACAACUGAUGACUCUCUAACAGACUCAACAGAUGAAACAUCUAGUACAGUAGACACAUCCACACUUAUAGCAGAACUAGGUGAAACAGUAACUGAUAAACCAGGAGAUACUGAGACAGUUACCAAAAAACCAGAUAAUGACACAGCUACUGUUGCAUCAACUGAACGACCCGAUGGAGUUGCAAGUAAAAUACCCACAACUGAAGACUAUUCUACCAGUAACACAACUGACAGUGGAAUAUCAACUGAAAAACCAGAAUCUGAUAAAAUUGAUGGAGAUGAAACACCUACCACAGAUGAAAUCUUCACUGAAGCAUCACCAAUAAGCAAAGAGCCAACAGAUACAUCUGUGGUAACUGAUAGCCCCACUGAUGUUACUUCACCAUACAAACCAACAGGCCCUGAAGAUGGAGCAGUUACUGCUAUACCUGGCAAAAAACCAAUGGGAGGCAAUACCUCUACUGAUUUCCCAGGGGGUGAAGAUGGAACUGCCACACCAACAGUUACUGAAGUGUAUACUGGAGAACCACCAACUGACAAACCAACAGAAUUGCCAGAAGUGACUGAAACAUACACUGAUAAGCCAACUGAUGCUGAAGAAGAAGAUGAAUCCACUUCUAUCCAGGAAGGCACUGGAUUUACUACUAUUAAACCUACAAUUGAAGAUAAACCUACAGAUAGUGAUGUAAUUGGAGAACCAACUGAUCAAGUAACAGAUGGGCCAACAUCCACAGAUGAACCUACAGAGUUAAUUUCGUCCACAGAGCCCACUGAUGGUGAUGACACUUAUACAGAACAGCCUGGAGAUGACAAAGUAUCCCCUGAUGAUACAGGUGACAGCUUAGGAUCUACAGUUAAGCCUAGUGAUGGAGAAGCAUCAUCAGAACACCCAACAACUGAUAGCACAACAGAUAUUUCCACAAGUGACAGCACAACAACAAGUAUACCGACUCAUGAGAUACAAACUGGAACACCAGAUGAAUCCGAAAUAUCUAGUGGGACAUCUACUAAUGAAACAGCAGAUGGAGUAUCUACUGUAGGAACAGUAAGUGAAGAAGAAUCCACAACUUUAGAAUCAGCUCCUGAUAUUUCCACAGAAAUUCCUUUUGUGACGGAAACAUACCCUGAUAAUGUGGUUGAUGCUGAAACAUCUACAUAUGCCACACCCACAGAAGAAACAUACACUACUUUACCAGAAGAUGGCACAGUUCAUACUGUAAAACCAACAGGGAUUUUAGUAACUACAGUUUCAUCAAGUGAUGAGAAACCCACAGAAUUUCCAUUUGAGGAGCCAUCAGACAUUCAGUUAUCCAAAUGUUCAAUAAAUGGGAAUGAAUAUGGGAAUGGGUCUUCAGUUCCAGUAAGCUCUAAAUGCCAAGAAAGUUGUGUAUGUUACAAUGGAAACAUUACCUGUGAAAUACUAGCAUGCCCUCCAGCACCGCCUGCUUUUCUAAGAUGUGUGUCCAAUAUCCCUGAAGGAGAGUGUUGUCCAAGCUAUACAUGUCCUCCAGACCAAACAGAUACCACCGAAUCUCCAGUGUGUGUUCGUGAUGGUAUAGAGUAUUUCGAAGGAGAAUAUGUUCCUAGCCAUGAUCUGUGUACUGAUUGUUACUGUCUGGAUGGAGAGAUUAUAUGUGCUUACCUUGAAUGUCCAACACCUGUCGGGGAAAACUGUAAGCCCCUAGAAAGACCACCAGGUAGCUGCUGCCCAACUAAAUAUCAGUGUGACACUGUUAUGCCUGAUACAGCAGAUCAGGUGAAGGCAAAUGAUACUGAUGAACAAGUAACUCCAUCAACUACCCAAGCAGCUUCUACCAGUCAAUCUACAGACUCUCCAGGUACCACGAUGACAGGUCCAGUUUCUGCCAUGGAAACUCGAACAACAGCUCCUGAUGAUGCAAUUAUGACAACUCCCAUUUUGACAACAACAGAAAAGUAUGCAGAAACAACUUUAACUUUUAUACCAGUGGGUGAUGUGGAAGAUACUUCAGAAACUGCUAGUGGAAUAGAAAUCAGUUUUCCAGGGAUUACCAGUGAAACUACUGUAAGUGGUCACACUGACUCUGUCACUACAACCAGCAGCACAGACGUUUCUAGUGAUAUUUCUGUUAGUGAAACUGGUGAAAUUAGCUCUGAUGAUGAUGAUGAAUUGGGGUAUUCAACAAUCAUCCCUGUCACUGACUCAGGUUCAUAUACUACAACAUCUGGAAUAAUCUCAGAAGAACCUGAUAAAGGUGAUGAAACUGGCACUGAGACACCAAGUACUGCCGAUGUAUAUGCUACAACCAUAUAUCCUAGUGAAGAACCAGGCUUUGGCACUUCUGUGACUGAUGAAGGAGUUAGUACUAGCAAGCCACAUGUAUCAGUGACUUCCCCUGGUACUAUACAAACUAAUGGCACAACAAGCACAGGUAAACCAAGUGCUGAAGAUGGAGACUUAACUGCCACAUCUAAUACUAAACCAAUAUCUGAUAUUACUGAAGAUGAUGUUUACAUUACCCCGUCAUAUGGUGAAACAAGUUCUGAUAGUGCUAUUGGAGAUGACACCAGUACUGGUAAGCCAGAACCUGAGGAAUAUGAUAUAACUGCAACUACUCCAGCUGUUGAAACAUACACUGAAAUAUCAACUGGGAAUGUAACAGGCUCAGAUGAACCAAGUAAUGAUGGUGAAGAUGAAACAAUCAUACCUACAUCUACUAGUGCCUAUGGAACAGAUAGUCUUACCACUGAAAAAUCUCCAGCUACAAGUGAUAACAGCAGCAAACCUGAAUUAGACUCUUAUGUUGGGAAUACUACACAAACACCAGAAAGUGAUGGUAUCGCCACCAGUAAACCAGACAUUGAAAUUGUUACAACACAGUCAUCAUCUUCUGUAGUUGACCAAGACCCUAGUACCUCUAAUGAAACGGAGGAAACUACGGUUACAAGUGAUGAUAGCAGCAAACUUGGCUCAGAAUCUGAUUUGGGAAUCACUACAUAUGCACCAGAUGCAGUAAAUACAUCUGAGCCAGAUUCUCCAAUAGCAAGCUAUGGAAAUACUUCCAGUCAACCAGACACUGAAACUGAGUAUACUACAACAAAGCCAUCCUCCAAUAAAACUACCACUGAAUCAGGAACAUCGAUUGGAUUUCCAGACGGCAUUCCUGGAGAAGGUAGCUGCAUGUUCAAAAACACUACAUAUGCCAAUGGUGAAAAUAUACCACCACGAACACCUUGUCAGGAGUCUUGUACUUGUCAUAACAGCAUUAUAGCAUGCACACUCAAGCCAUGUCCAUCACCACCUCCAUCUUUCCUACGGUGUGAAGCUGUUGAAGAUCCUGAACAAUGCUGUCCAACAUACAACUGUCCUUCACUGACUACAAAUACCACUGAGACCCCUGUCUGUCUGCAAAACGAGACUAUAUUUGCCAAUGGUGAGUUUGUUCCUAGCCAAGACUUAUGUACUGACUGCUACUGCCUGAAUGAAGUCGUGUGUGCAACCUUAGAAUGUCCAAAACCUGAGGGUAAGAACUGCAUAACGUUAGUUGUGCGUGAAGGAAGUUGCUGUCCGGAGAGCUAUGAAUGUGAGGAUACUGAUGGCACUGAAGACCACACCACACCUCAAACUGAUCAUCCAGAGGAAUUUGGCAAUGACACUACUACAGAAGCAUAUGGAAUUACAGACAAAGAUGGAGCAACAACUAUCAGUGAAAUUUCAACAGAGCCAACAGAAGUCUAUGUAUCUACUUAUCCUGAUGACGUGCCCACAACUAUUGAAGUGGUAACCAUUUCUGCUGAAAUUUCUGAUACUUCUGAAACUGGUUCUGAUACAACAACUGAAGAUGAAGGAGAAACAGAGAAAUCCACUCCCGGGUAUGUGACUAUUUCACCUACAGAAAUUGGUGGUACAGUAACUGAAUAUUCAACUACAGAUGAUGGGUCAGUAAUUCAUACUGAUAAGCCAGAUGAUACUGAAAUAUCCACACCUUCCACUACCUUUGACUACCAACAAACUACUAUCACAUCUGUAUCAGAAAUAACUGAUUCUACAGAAACAGCAGAAUUAAAACCAACAAAUAAUACUCUUUCUGGAGUAACUGAUUACUCAACUACCACAGACUAUUCAGCAACAGAAGAUUUUGGAGCUGAAACAAGCACUAAUAUGUCAUCAGAGCAGUCUACUACUCUCUCUCCUGAUGAAGAUGGCAUAUCUACUAAGCAUCCAUUAGGAGUCACUGAAAUAUUUACAGAAUACUCAACAAGUAGUUCAGAGACAUAUACAGACAAAAUAUCUGAAACAGGUGAUGGAUCAACAGCUACAUACCCAGAAGAUUCUCCAGCCUCUGAACACCCUAUUGUGUUCCCAACAACCCCUGGUUCAACAACUGUUACAUACCCAUCUGAAGAUACUGCAGCAACAACAGAUACUUCGAGUGAAACAGGUUAUGACUUCCAAGAAUCUACUGUACCAUCAACUGAAUAUCCAGUAUCGGGUGAUGGAUAUGGAGUAUCUACUGACCAGCCUGAAAAGGGAGAUGAAAAAGUACCUUCCACUACUCUUGAUGACCAGGGAACAACUAGUUCUACAGUACCAGAUGUUACUGGUUCAGAAGUGCAUACUGGUGGAACAACUGAAUAUCCAAGCGAUGCUCAACCUGAAGGAACUUCAGUACCUAUGUUGGGGCAAGAAAUAUAUACUCAUGGGCCAAAUUAUACUGACACUACAAUUGCUGAAUAUCCAGAAACUGAAACAACACCAGUCGAUGAUGUGAUAUCCACAAGGUACCCAUCGGGACAUGGAUCAACUACUAGAUAUCCAGACAGUACACAAACAACCAUCGAGCCAACAACAGAAUAUCCAACUAUUGAUGAUGAAUAUGUGACAUCUAGUGACCAACCCACUGAAACUAAAAUAACUGGGACUAUGCCAUCUACUUCAGCAGAUGAUCAAGAGACUAGUUCACCAACGGUAGAUAUUACUGCUUCUACACAAACGUCAGACUUGAGACCAACUAUUUCUCCAGAGUACACUGAUGAGACAUCUGAAUAUCAAUCUGACAUUCUCAGUGGAGUAACUUCAUCUACAGUCAGUGAAGGGUUAUCUAUUGGUGACCUGAUUGAGAGUGACAGUUCAUCUCCUGAGUCUGGAGGCACAGCUACAGAUACUUCAAUUGAUUAUCCUACUACACUUUCACCUGGAUUACUAAGUCCUCAGGAAACAUCUACAGAUAUUCCCGAGUAUAAUACUACACUCUAUCCUGAACAACCAAGCACUCAUGAGACAUCUACAGAUACUUCAGAACAAACUACUAUAGUCUCAGAAGAACCAGACACUCAAGAAACAUCUACAGAGAUAACACCAGUGAGUGAUGCAGUCCCAACAAUGCGCCCAUCGGAAAAUGUUUCAAGUACUGAAUAUCCAGAUUAUCCUGAAACAUCUGAUUUACCCACGGAUAUAUACCCAGUCGCAACAGAAGAACCCACAGAUCCUAGUACAACUGUUGCUGAUCAGACUGAUAUUCCUAUUGGAACCAGUGAUGGUCCAAGUAUAAGUGAAGAAGUUGAUGGAGGCAUCAGUGACCUUACAGAAGAACCUUCAACAACAGAAGAAAUUGAUGAUACUUCAGUAAGUACCGGUACAUUCACCACAGAGUUCCCACCAGUAACUGAAAGCACAUCUACAGAGUAUCCAGAGGGUUCAUAUGGAACAACCACAAGUAUUUUAGGACAAACUACUCAUGAAGAUAAAACUCCUCAUAUCACAACAACAGUAUCACCCACAACAGCUGGGGAUUCAGGACUUGCAUCAUUAUUGGGUGAACCAUGUUUAAUUGAAGGCACUCUCUAUGAAAAUGGCACUAAUGUACCAUCAUCAUCUUUAUGCCAAGAGAACUGCAAGUGUAGCAACGGCAUGGUUUUAUGUCAAAAGCCAUCAUGUCCUCCUGCUCCUCCAGGAUUCCUUCGGUGUAGUACUAUUCCUCCUACUGACGAGUGCUGCCCAUCAUACAAUUGCCCUCAGCCCACUGCCCCUACAGUAACAGAUUCUCCCAAUUGCACAAGAGAUGGUGAAAUUUAUGCUGAUGGCGAGUAUGUACCGAGUCUGGAUGAAUGCACAGAUUGCUACUGCUUAGGAGGUGAAAUUGUAUGUGCUCUUUUGCAAUGUGUUCCUCCAGGGGACAAUUGCCAUCCUUUAACACAGAAUAACAACUCAUGCUGCCCAGAUAACUACGAAUGUGCCGAAACAAUAGACAGCUUUAUCAGCUCAAGUACAGCAACACCUGAUGUCACAGAAACAACUCCAGUUGCGAGUAGUGAAACUUCACCAAGCCACAGUGACAGCACCCUAUUGACAAGUUACCCUACAUCUAGUAGCACUACAGUUACUGGGAGUCCCUUGGUUACUGAAGCAUCAACCACAACGCUUGAUGGUGAAGGUCAAGAUGGCAUCACCAUUACAGAGGCAUCUGUUGCAACUGAUGGAUUCGAUACAACCAGGCAACCUAGUGCAACAGUAUCAUUUACUGUCACAGAAGAAACAUUUGAACCUGAAAAAAUAACUGUCAUACCUGGCAGUGGCACUGUACCACAGGGUAGUGAACAUGAUCCGGAUGACAUUUCUCAGACAUAUAAGCCAAUUACAGACUCCUCUACUACAAGUGACUUUGUGACAGUUGUGCCUGCUGGAGCUGUGAGCAAUGAAACCAUACAUUCUUCCACAAUACCACCAUUUGUAACAGGCUCAACAAGUUAUUCAUCAACUGAAACUGAAGAGGCAAGCACCGAUUCUACAGCAUCGGGCUAUUUAACUGAAGCUACUUUAGCUGUUACUGGAACCGAGAUUACUGGUAGUGACACCGUUGUUACUCAGGGAGGACCACUUAUAGGGGUACUGACAUCUUCAACAGCCAAGUAUCCAGAAGUUUCUAGUGAUGGUAUUGAUAAGGUGACUGGCCACGACCAGACCACAACUACAGUCUCAGCACUCUCCUUGGUAACUGACCCCUCUGGCCAUAACAUUACGGGCAUCAGCUCUACAACAGUUACAACCUCAACUGAAAAAUAUACAGGGGAGACGGAAUCUACUGACAAUGUAACAGAUAAAGUACUGGUAGAUGGAGUCACAUCCAUGGAUGGAGAUACUAUUAUUUUCCCCGGUUCAUCUUCAUCUACAACACUGAGUUCAGCAACAUCAUCUACUGAUUUGCCAAUUUCACCAUCCUCGAUUGAAACUGACUCACACACUUCAUCAGUGACAUCAUCAACUGAUUUACCAAGUUCAUCAUCGUCAACCGUAACAGGGGAUUACUCCACAUUUGCAACAGACUCAUCUGCUUCAUCAGUGACAUCAUCAACUGAUUUACCAAGUUCAUCAUCGUCAAUCGGAACAGGUGAUUACUCCACAUUUACAACAGACUCAUCCACAUUUGCAACGGGCUCAUCUGCUUCAUCAGUGACAUCAUCAACUGAUUUACCAAGUUCAUCAUCAUCAAUCGGAGCAGGUAAUUACUCCACAUUUGCAACAGACUCAUCCGCUUCAUCAGUGACAUCAUCAACUGAUUUACCAAGUUCAUCAUCGUCAAUCGGAACAGGUAAUUACUCCACAUUUGCAACAGACUCAUCCGCUUCAUCAGUGACAUCAUCUACUGAUUUACCAAGUUCAUCAUCGUCAAUCGGAACAGGUGAUUACUCUACAUAUACAACGGACUUAUCCACCUCAUCAGCUACAUCAUCAACUGAUCUACCUAUUCCAUCAUCCUCAAUUGCAACAGAUUCAUCCGCUUCUUCAUCUGCUUCAUCAGUGACAUCAUCUACUGAUUUACCAAGUUCAUCAUCGUCAAUCGGAGCAGGUAAUUACUCCACAUUUGCAACGGACUCAUCCGCUUCAUCAGUGACAUCAUCUACUGAUUUACCAAGUUCAUCAUCGUCAAUCGGAACAGGUGAUUACUCUACAUAUACAACGGACUUAUCCACCUCAUCAGCUACAUCCUCAACUGAUCUACCUAUUCCAUCCUCCUCAAUUGCAACAGAUUCAUCCACUUCUUCAUCCUCAACAACAACAGAUUACUAUUCUACAUCUGCAACAAGUAAAACUCCAGCCCCAUUCCCUCCAUACCCAGGUCAGACUUAUCCAGAUUAUCAUACACCAAGUGCAUCACCUUCGUCUCCUGAAACCUCAACAGAAUUUGUGUUAGGGCCUGGAGCAUGUCUUUUUGAUGGCAAGGUAUAUGUUUCUGCACAACAGAUACCCCGAGAUGAUCCUUGUGAUUUCUGUUUCUGUUUCCGUGGAGAUAUAAUUUGUCUGCAGCAGUCUUGCCCUCCUCCUAUACCAGGAUGUUAUGAAGAACCUAUUGCUGGUUUCUGUUGUCCCCGCUAUGAGUGCCCUGUAACGCAAACCGUUGUCAAUGUCACUACCACAACAACACCAAUACCAUUUUAUCCUCCAGUUCAGAGGACCCAGAAAGUGACGAUGUGUGAAAUAGGUGAUCGAUUUUACCAUCCUGAUGAGAUUGUUGAAGAAGCCUCAGGACCAUGUUUAGAAUGCAGAUGUGGUCAUGAUGGUAUGAUGAAGUGCGAUCCAAAGGACUGUGGAGCCCAACCGAUGUUACAAAAGAUUUUGGGCAGAAAAUAUAAACGGUGAAGACAUUGACGGUCGGGGAUUUGUCAUACCCCGUAAAAAGCUUCCCACCACAUUCAUUUUUCUUUCUUAAUUACAACUUAAGUAAUUUGUACUUUUAAGUCUUCUACCAUGGUGCUUUUAUAAGUGUUAUAGUAAGAAGCAUCCUUCACAUGACACAUUAAGAAGGGGAGACUUUGACCCUGGCAAUUUAAUGUUAGCUAAAUGAUGUAUGCAAGGAGGUGAGCCUGAAAAGAUGUCUUCCUAAUUAUCUAUAUUAGUUUAGCCAUGUGUCUACAACGCUCAAAUAGCAAGUCUGUGUUAAUAAGGAGUGAGUAUGCGUAUCUAUGUCUGUGAAAAUCUAUAGAAAUUAUAGUAGUGCCAAGACGCUUCUCCUAUUUUUCACUAAGCGUAUUUGUGUGUGCUCUCUGUCCAUGUCUGUCCGUCUGUGUGUGAUAUAGGUGCCACUGAACUUUUGUUGUAAGACGACAUUCUAGAAAGUUUAAGGAGAACUUAAGGCAUUUUUGUAUACUGCUUUAUUCCAUUUAUUUUUUAAUUACUUGGUUUUGCUUACGAUCUUUCAGUCAAUUUGCAUUUAGUACUUCGGAGGCAUUACAAACGGCAUUUUCAUUUCUUAGCACCUCAAACAUUCUGCUGUUUCUCUCUGAACACUUGAUCAUUGUCUUCAGCUGCUUAAUAAGGUUACAUGGUUGACACAAGUGUUAGUAUGAAUGUUUCUAUAUCCUUAGAAAGACAUCAUGUCCAUGGUUUUGUUUUCUUCAAAUGAAUUAACUGAUGCUGCUUGAAGAUAGAUAAGGGACAAUUAUUUUGUUUAGCCGAAACGCAGCGUCGGAAAGGUCAAGAUAAUAAUAUUUUUCCCGCUCGUUACUACACUGGCACUUUAGCAGCUUAAAUGUUCUCUAUAGGAAAUUUCAUUAAUGAGCAACAAAAGCAUUUUAGUAAUUCUGAAUCCCAUGUGCAUAUUCCAGUAGUAUUAAAAAAUGGGCAUUAUUGACAUCAAUGAUCAGUUUAAGGCUAGCAAAAAUUUCCCGAGUCAGAAAACGAACGUAUUUAUGCUUUCAUCAAAUUCAUGUUCCGUAGACGAGGACAUAAAUAUCACAAUUUCCGUCCGUUCUAAGACUCUUAAUUAAAGUCCCUGUGAACAAGACUAAGUACUACGCGUCGGCCAAACCUUACACUGAACUGGUGCCAAACCACUAUUAAUUACAUAUAAUUACAUCUGUGGCUUAAUGUUAAUUCAGGAAUGAUUGUUCUUAUUUGCACUCGUUAUGAACUGAGGCUAAUUUCCCUUAUAGAAUAGUAAUUGGAGACUUCAGUCGAUUAGGAAUCAGUGCCGAUUAGGAAUCAGUGCCACUUCAACUCCGAUUAUAUAUCUCAAAAGCUCAACUGGUAUAACUAAUGGCCGGCAGAGAAGUAUCAAAAUUUAGAAAAUCACCAAAAAAAAAACUUAGUUGUAAUUUCUGAGAAUUUAAGGAAUUGCGCACUUUUGGAAUUCAUAAUCACCGAUAUAUUUUCUGCGUAAUCUAUGAAUUCCAACGCGUUCCAAGUAUUCCUGCCAUACCCAUCGCCACCAGCGCUCAAUCUCACUCUAGUGAAGCGCCAGUAGAAGUUUUGCUUUGGUGGUCAGGGGAAAAUAAGUAUAAGAUUUUGGCUGGCUUUAAAGGAAUAAAGCUAGCCUUCAUUAAGACUAAGGCUGGCUUGUGUAAUAUUACAUAGUGAUCUAGGAGUUGCGAAAGCUGAAUGCAUGAGAACAAUAAAUUUUCCGAAUACUCAUUGUCUGGUUAGUAGCAGCCUACUGAACCAAGCAAGUCGGUAUUGUAGUAUUCAGGCCUAACUGACCUUGGUUUCCGAGUUCUCACCGGCUAGGUCAGACUACGUCAUGGUUUUCGUAGCCUGGCCCAUUAGCAGCAUCCGGGAGCUGGAAGACGAAGGCGACGACACACGAGUCUCCAGGGUUGUGUCCGACGAGUGAUGACAGUCGAUCUGAUUAGUAGUUAGUAGAGAUGAACUGCCAUGGUCAAGUCACUGCUUCGAUGCAGCAGCAGUCUCUGUGGUAUUGCGCAGUUCAGAAAAAAAGUGUCCAAGAAACAGUAUUCUUUCCAAGUGUGAUAACUUAAGUGCAUUUUUUAUAUUAUUUAUUGCAAUAGUAUUUCCUCUGCAUUUUAUUCCAUUUAUAGUAUAUUAUUAUGUACAGCUCUUGUCAGCGUUCAUUUAUUAUGAUGUACCCUCUGUAAGCUUUUUAUACCUGUAUAAAAUGUGAAUAAAAUAAGAAACUAA